CUGCUUGUAGACUCUCUAGUUAUUGUCAGCAGUUAUAUCAUCAGCUGUACCUCUGUAUUACCUACCCAUUGACUGAGUUCGAAGUUUUAAGUGGUUGCGGUUGUGCUUUAAGAUGAAAGUCUUUGCCGCGCUCUUUCUAUUGGCCCUCGUGGUGUCAAUCAACUCUCAACACGGAGAUCAACCGAAUGUCAAUGACAAUGCUCUGCCGGAAGCUAAAACCGCUGACAAUGUAGACGAUGAGGGUGACCCCCAUUUUGUGACUGGGAAAAACCCGGAUGACGAAGGUGAAAACCUGGAUGACUAUGAUGGUGACGAAAAUCAACUUGAAGAAAUUGAUGAAUCCGAAGUUACUGAAACUGAGCCUAACAAAGACCAGUCGCAAGACGCAAAAACUUUCUCCCGACGCCGAUCCAUCUCCCGACGCCGAUCCAUCUCUCGACGCCGAUCCAUCUCUCGACGCCGAUCCAUCUCUCGACGCCGAUCCAUCUCCCGUCGCCGAUCCAUCGCUCGACGUCGAUCCAUCUCUCGACGCCGAUCCAUCUCCCGUCGCCGAUCCAUCUCCCGACGCCGAUCCAUCUCUCGACGCCGAUCCAUCUCCCGACGCCGAUCCAUCUCCCGUCGUCGAUCCAUCUCCCGACGCCGAUCCAUCUCUCGACGCCGAUCCAUCUCCCGACGCCGAUCCAUCGCUCGACGUCGAUCCAUCUCUCGACGCCGAUCCAUCUCCCGUCGCCGAUCCAUCUCCCGACGCCGAUCCAUCUCUCGACGCCGAUCCAUCUCUCGACGCCGAUCCAUCUCUCGACGCCGAUCCAUCUCCCGUCGUCGAUCCAUCUCCCGACGCCGAUCCAUCUCUCGACGCCGAUCCAUCUCCCGACGUCGAUCCAUCGCUCGACGUCGAUCCAUCUCUCGACGCCGAUCCAUCUCCCGUCGCCGAUCCAUCUCCCGACGCCGAUCCAUCUCCCGACGCCGAUCCAUCUCUCGACGCCGAUCCAUCUCCCGACGCCGAUCCAUCUCCCGACGCCGAUCCAUCUCUCGACGCCGAUCCAUCUCCCGACGUCGAUCCAUCUCUCGACGCCGAUCCAUCGCUCGACGUCGAUCCAUCUCUCGACGUCGAUCCAUCUUCCGACGCCGAUCCAUCUCUCGACGCCGAUCCAUCUCUCGAGCCGAUCUAUCGCUCGUCGUCGGUCCAUCUCCCGACGCCGAUACAUCUCACGACGCCGAUACAUCUCCACAUCAACGUAGAUUUGGCGAGAAGUAAUUUUGGCUCCCCAAAGGGCAAAACAAGAAUACGAAUCUGAUUGAGGGAAAGUGGAAAUAAAUAAACCAUGGAGAGCACACUUCAACAAUAAACGAAAAGUAGCAGAAGAUAGAAGUUUGCCUCUUAUACAGAAAGGCAAUUAAAGUGUUAAAAUAAAAGCAACGCAAUAUAUAA